AUCAACCUGCCCACCAUAGCUCAAAGGACGCUGAAAAAACGGGAGAGAGAAAUCAGUUCCUCAAUCACUGCAGUUGCGAAGGACUCAUGCACCGAUGCUGUUAACGAGGAGAUCAUGCUGUUGGAAGAAGUAAACAGGUAAAGUCAAAUGGACUUACAGUUGGUACUUUAACCAUGGACGAUGACACAUCCACAUUGACCAGAGCGAAAAAGUCCUUGUUUCCAGAUCUUGAGAAAGCGUCGGACAGAAACCAUGUAAUCAAGAAUUUUACAAGCGGACUGUACAAACUGCGAGAAUCAAACAAAUACCUUACUGUAGCCAUCAUCAGUUACUUCCGAAAGUGCUUUUCAUACGCCACUGUGCAAAAUGUUGGAAACCCAGUCGGAGUAAGGGAUAAUAUCCUUGCUAUAGUUCCACACGUCUAUGGGGACCACUCCAAGUGCGGUGAUUGGUGCAAAGAAGCCGAGGUUCUCAACUACAAACACAGCUAUAAGUACAUGGGCGGAAAUGAUCUAAACAACCAGUCUUUAAGAGUAGUCUUGGACAGGUACUUGGAGCGAUAUACCACGGAUGACAUGACUCACAAACUAUCCAAUUUGGGAUCUACUAAUGGCAACGAGAAUAUGAACAGUAUGAUUGCUAGAAAAGCUCCAAAAGGCAUUAACUACUCCGAAUCAGAGAGUUUAGAAUCUAGAAUCUCUGCUGCUAUAGCUCAAAAAAACAAAGGACAUCAGUACAUAAUAGAUGUUAACGAGGUUCAUGGUUUGUCCCCUGGGAAAAGCACGAGGAAACGCUUUACCUCGUUAGACAUCCGCUGCAGAAAAAAAGCUGAACGUGCUGCAACUGUUCAACACAAACGACGGAGGCUGCAACUAAAGGAAGAGCGUCCAAACGUUAACAGAGUUCGAGAGGUGGAAGAGGGGACGACAUACACCAGCGGAGUGAGCCACAUUGAGGAAGCUGAUACGAAUGAGGUUCCUUCUGCACCCGACAGACCGAAACCCGCCAGCGAACACUAUUCACUCAACGAUCUCGUUGUGUUCGACUUAGAAACAACUGGUGGCGGAGAUAAUGACAGUAUCCUGCAAAUAUUGGCAUGUCAUCUAGAAAGAGGGACUUGUUUCACCAGAUAUGCCAUCCCUACCAGUAGUUAUAUAAACCACCACAUCACGACGCUUACUGGAUUGGAAUACCACGGAAGAACCAUGUAUAAGGACGCGCAAGCUGUGGAUGCCUGUGAAAUUGGUGUGGCGCUGGGCGAUUUCAAAGAAUGGAUACACAAUCUCAACACGAAGGAACCAAUUUUAGUCGCCCACAAUGCAUCAUUUGAUGGGCGUAUGCUAAAUAAUGCAUUUCAGAGACAUUCUGUCACAUGUAGCAGAUGUGUUAAAAGAUAUGCCGACACGUUGCCCUACUUUAAAACAAAAUAUCCUGGACGAAAGGGCAAAGGUGCAUAUACAUUAUCAUCCCUAGUCCAUGAGUACCUCCCAGGGAAACAGUUUUCUUUUCAUGAUGCAGACGAAGACGUGAGAGGUCUAUCAGAGCUGCUUAUUUCUAGUCACAUCAAUGAAGAAGACUUAAAAUGCCACUUGACAUCCGUUGAGGAACUGACUUACAAAAGUCUGUUGAAAACCAAUAAGAUGGAAAACAUAGGAUCGUACAAUCGUGCUGUCAAAAAUAAGAACAUAUCAAUAAUUGUCAGCGAAAAGUUGGCAGAAAGCGGUCUUGGACUGGAUCAUUUGAAGACAGUAGCGGGAAGAUCCGGAGCCGAUGGUGUAAAAACUUUGCUAAAAUCUCGGUGUGGACAAUGCAGGUUUAAUGUUGAGGACAUAAUGUCCGAGUUAUAAGUGUACACCGUAUGUGUCACAUAUCAAUGCUAUGAUAUGAAGCAAGAUAAUCUUGGAAUAUAUAUUCUUGGAAUAUAGUUGUAAACCUAAUCAUUUUGGCUACUUCAUUUCUGUUCCAAUGAAUUAUAGUACUUUAUCAUAUAAUUAGUUCAUGACAUGAGUGUAGGCAGAUAUUUUCGGCAUGUAAAUCACAUAAAAAACAAACAAAGCCUAAUUAACUGACUUAUUAUUUUGGUCAAAACUUAGCCUAUCAUGAAAACGUUCAUUAUAUUAUCCACCUAUUACUUUUGUGAAACCCGGAUAACUGGUAGUGCGUCAAUAUUAGAAAAAAUGAUGCAUAAUAAUUUCCCAAAGUUGUUUGUUCAUUAAUACCGUUGAAAUGGACGCAAGAUAUAAUGCAAGCGUCCAAAGCGCAACGAUGCAAACAAUAAGCAACGUCGAUAAAACGUUGCGUUUAACGUCCAAAAAUCGGAAUGACAGUUUGUCUUCAACACAAUAUUGUGAAAAACUGAAAACGUAAAGUUCCCUUUUUUAUUUGCCAUUUCACUUGCAAAUUGAUCACUUGUGUUGAAAAUAAGAAUUUUAAUGGGUCUGUAUAUUUUUAAAGAUGUCAUUUUUGCGAAUAUUUGCCAAUAUUUUGUCAAAAUUUUAUAUCACAAUGAACAUGGGUUGCUCAAUUAAAUGAUAAAUGUCCGUUGUGAUGUAGUGCGAUACCACUAAUAAACACGCUAGUCCUAACAUAAAUUAAAUAAAGUUUAAUAUUGUGAAGUUUCAUUAAUUUUAAAUCUAAAUUAGAUAUUUUAGAAGACUUAUAACAGCGGAUUUUGGGCAUUUUGGCGCUCUAUGUUGCGACGUUCGUGACGUCAUCACUAAUAACGUACUGUUGCCAAGACGACGGAAAAAUAAAUAGGAACCAUAGUGCUAUAAUUGGACCAAGUUUCAUCAAAAUCGGAAGGGAUGUUAUAUUUGACGAAUAAGGUAUCGACCCACCUUAAGGUCUUUCAGGUUACUUAAUGUAUAAGUCUUUAUGUUGAAUUAAUAUCUUAGACAUAUUUCAAGGCCUGUAAGUUUACUUAAUAAAAGAGGUACAUGUAUCAUUGUAAGUAUUUAAGUACAGAUCAAAAUUAGUAAUUGUGGCAAGUUUUUUAACAUCAAUAUUUUUUGUAACA